AUGGAUACCUGUAGGAAGAUAAACUCGAAUAAGGCGGUUGGUGUAGACGGUAUACCAGGAACGGCGGUAAAAGCAUUGGUGGAGAGGAGAAUAGAGAAAGUGUUGAAAGUGUUGAAUACCGUGAAAGACACGGGCAAGAUCCCGGCGAAAUGGAAGAUAGUUCAGGAAAAGGGUGCACUUAAUAAAGUCUGGGAGCACACGUUUAAGAACCUGAUCGAGGAAAGCCUGAGAUUGGACCCAUUUCAUGAUGACCAGUAUGGGUUCAGGAAAAGAGUGAGUAUGGUGGACGCCCUGUGCCGAGUAAUGGAUCUUGCUGACUGGUUCAAAAUAAGAAAUAGGAUUUGUGUGUUGGCGGCGGUGUACGCGAAGAACGCGUUCAACACUCUCAGCUGGAGUAAGAUCUUGGAAAAAGCAGAAUCUAGAGAGAUAUCCAGGAAAUUGGUAACGCUCCUUGAGAAUAAUUUCGAGGACAGAUAG